CUUUGGAGGUGCUUUGAAUCCGUGAUCAGAAAGAUUGCGUUUUGUUGAAGGACACUUCUUACCUUUUCUCGUUUUCAUUCACAAGAAGCUUUUUGAGAGAAAUGGCACGUCCAAAUGUACCACAGUUUGGUAACUGGGAAAAUGAAGGUGCUGUUCCUUACACAAUCUAUUUCGACAAUGCGAGGAAGGGUAAAAAGGGUGGGAAGAUGAUCAACCCAAAUGACCCCCAAGAGAACCGUGAUUUGUUUGCAAACAUUCCUCCUCUAGAUCAAGCUCCUCCUUCCAGAAUUGGAACCGAUCCAGGGGAACCAACUGGUCGUAGAGCAGUUAGGCCAACACAUGAGCGUCCAGUGAGCAGCAGGGAGGAUGGUAACCUUAGGCAGUUCACUGAUUCUCCAGCGCGUAAUGCAAAUUUGGGCAAUAGACAUUCUAGUGAGUCAGUGCAUCAAUAUAAUGGGGGCCGUGGAUCAAAUUCUGGUCGACCUGUUAGGCAAAGUGCAGGAUCUGAGCAUAGCAUUGACCGGUCCACAGACCAUCCACAUCACCAGGCAAAGCUUAUGGGGAAGGGCAGUGGAUCUCCUGCCUCGGAAGGAAAGAACUCGUAUGACAGUAGCCAUGGUACUCCUGGAAGAUCCAGACUCAAGCCAGUCACUCGGCGAGAUGAAAGUGUUGAUAAAGCUGCUGCAAUUCCAAGAUUUGGAGACUGGGAUGUGAACAACCCUUCAUCAGCUGAUAACUACACUGAUAUUUUCAACAGAAAGCGACAGGAAAAGCAAGCUGAGGGUGGGAAUUCGACAAGCACAGUUACUGAUCCAUCCUACAACCAUAUGAAGAAGCAAAGUACCAAUGGUAAUCAAAAGGGAUGCUGCUUUCCAUGGUUUUAAAUGAGGACCAUCCUAGGAUGAGAAACUGGUUUUUGACCUGUGAAUGGCCUUAUGCAGAGAACUUGUGGAGCUAUGCAUUCUUUCUACCUAUUAGUGUUCCUUUUGUGACAAUAAAAUUGAAGUUUUGAUGUGUGUACAUUUUCUUUUUGGGCGUUGUCUUCUCUUCUAAAGGCUUUCUUCUGGUUGAUAAGUGUGACAUUUAUUUUCCACAUUCCUAAUUGUAAACUAGAG